AUGGCGGCGGGCUCCGGAGGCAGGCUGGGCGCGCGGGCCGGCGGGCUGGGCCUCCCCUUUCGGGGCCCGGAACGGCUCUCCUGGGCGGAGGAGCAGGCCGAGGGCGGCUGGGCGCAUGCGCGCUACCUCGGCCCGUCUGCAGGUGGCGCUGCGCGGGGCGGGAGCGGCGUCGCGGGAGUCCCUCGGGUUCCACCCUUGCGCCCCGCCUGGCAGGGCCGAACCGGAAGCUCUGGGUCCGCCCACGGCCGGAAGCCGGAAGCGGCGGAGGCCGGGUCUCCCGGGCAACAGCGUCCAGGUGGCGACGGGCGGGGCGAGGACGGCUGCGGCCCCAGGGGGGCCAUGCCGAAGCGGCGGACGGGCCUGCCCGACAGAUGGACUGAUUAUCUGCCUCUUGGAAAAAGAAUGUCUGGGACCCGCUUUAUUGCCUUUAAAGUUCCUCUUAAGAAGAGUUUCGAAUGGAGGCUUGCCCCAGAUGAGCGGUUUUCUCCCUUGGACCUCAUCACUCAAGUCAAAGAACAGAAAGAGGAACUUGGUUUGAUCAUUGAUUUAACAUACACAACACGCUAUUAUGAGCCCAUGGAGCUACCGGAAACCCUGCAAUAUUGUAAAAUUUUAACAGUUGGACAUAAAGUACCUAAUAACGAUAUAGUUUCUAAAUUCAAAAGCGCUGUGAAAAAAUUCCUCAGAGAGAACCAGCAUAAUGACAAACUUAUUGGCGUCCACUGUACACAUGGUUUGAAUCGAACAGGUUACCUUGUUUGCAGAUACCUUAUUGAUGUUGAAGGAAUGGAUCCAAACAUGGCAAUAGAAUUAUUCAACAGAUGCAGGGGACAUUCUAUAGAGAGAAAGAACUAUAUCUCUGCUCUCCAGAAAACAUCUGAAACAAGGAAUCUUCAUCAUACGAAUGUUUCACAACGGGAUUGGAUGAAAGGGCCUGUUGGUUAUACCCCAAGUCCAGAUUACGAAGUUGCUGACUAUGGACCACAAAACUGGAAACAUGCACCAAGGAAUUUUCCAUGCAGGAGAGGUGGACGAAGCCAAAAAUGGAAACAUUCUCAAAUCUGGAACCAGAAUCUCAUCACCUGUUACAGCGAAGGAAACCAAGCUUACAGUCCACAAUAUCCCCCUGCAGCGGACAUCAUGCAUCAACGGUCAGGUCAUAAUGCCAGGCCCAGCAAUAGGCUAUUCUCCCAGGAACAGCUCCAAGGAUAUCAAAGACCCUCUUUCCAAGAACUAAAUCCUCACGGCUGGCGGCAACAACAUAGAAAUCAAAUAGACAAGCAACACUAUUGGAUUCCUUAAUCAUGAAACAGUAUUUGGCAAGAAAAGAUAAUCUGUGGAAUUGAUCCUUACAGUAAAUUACACCAUUGCUGUUUAGAUAGAAUGCUUUCUAGUUGCAUCCAAUUCUACAGUUGCCACCUCAUCAUUUAGUUGCCUAUUUGGAAGAAGGAAGGAACGGAAAUCUGAUAAAUACAUUUCCAACAGAAGGAUUCUGUUACGGAAAAGGUAUUCAAUUAAUUCAACCAAAAUGUUUUCUUCUAAGUCUCAAGUCUCACUUGAGGAAAGCAGACUUUUUAAAAAGAUACUACUACAAAUCAUAUAUUGCUCUUUAGAUAUUAAAUAAAUUUUAUUGUUCCACAAUAAUGUACAGUGUAGUAAAAAUGUUUUCACAAGGAAA